AUGGAGGAGGAGUUGGAAGAUCUGCCUGACACAGAAAAGGAGGUGGACCCCCUUCGACAUGCAAGGAUCCGGCGCGAAGUGAAUGGAAAGGCAUUCACAGGAUACGUGGAGGACAUUGAGCAGGGCAAGGUCACUCAUGAAAGACUGUACCGAAUAAAGUACGAGGAUGGUGAUCUUGAGCACUUGACACCGGAGCAGGUGAAAGAGAUGAGGAUCGAAGAUGACGACGAGAUGGAGGACGGCGAUCUUGAAGAAGAGGAUGCAGAAGACGAGGAACAGUCGAAGGCCAAGGCGCGGAGUUCUGCGGGGAGUUCGAAGGGUCCGCCUUCCUCGCAGGCCCUUCACUCCCCAGGGCAAGGACGGCCUUCCGAGCCCAAUGGCUGGAGCCGCGAGCACGCGAUGCACGCGCCUCGCCGCGUGGCGAACUCGGCUGCCAACUCGACGAACCCUGGCGGCUGGGCCGCGGCGCAGCAAGGCGAGGAGAUCUUGGAAGAGGAGAACGUCCGUUUGUCCGAUGACCUGCGGCACAGGAGUUUGGAACUCCAGCGGCUGGGUCGCGAGGCUGAAGGGUUGCGGGAGCAGAUCCGAGAGGAGCAGCAGCGGAGGCAGAGCCGGGUCGCCGACCUCACAGAGCAAGUGAUCACAGCCCAGGGUCAGAACAAGCUGCUGCAGGCUCAACUCUCACAGCUCCAGCUUCGAAGCUCCUCGAGUGCGGCAGAUGCCACGGGGCUGAAACGGGAAGUCGUCGCCAAGACCAUGGACCUGGAGAAGUUGGUCCGUGAGUUUCAGCAGGUCCACGCUGACCUCUUCUCACGUGCCCAGUCCCUGUCGGAUAGCAUGCUGCGCCUUUCAGACUCCAAUGCUCCGAAGUCCAAUGGCUCCAAGCAGACGGACGUUGGGAGUCCACCGCGGAACUUGCGCGGUGCUGAUUCAGCGCCGCAGAGGGUGGAGCAAUCCCAGUUUGCCUCGCUAGGGGCCCUCGACGAAGAGACGCGACACGCCUUAAAAACACGACUUCAAUCUCUUGGAGAUGUGGUAGUUUUCGCUAGUGACAAGUUUGAUGCCUGCUGCGCAUCUGGACACAGCAUACCUCCUGGUGCGAUGCGUGUCAGGCCUCGCCGAUGCGAUCAUGUCUUCCUUAUUGAGUGCCUCAUGCCCUAUUGGGUUGAAGGCCUCUGUCCUGUGUGCCGCUGUAGCUUUGCUUACAGCCGUGUUGAUGGUAUUGACGAGAGUGACAGAUGCUCUUCUGUGUCCACCAGUGUCUCACAGCGUGCCAAGCGAGUUUCCCCGCAGAAAAUGCGUGGUCAGUGGGAUGAUGGAGCUGGAGUUGGAAGCCUUGGAAGCCUAGGCUCUCUCAGGGCUCCGAGGUACAUGCGUGCUGCCAUAGUGGAACGACAGCGAAGCUCGUCCUGUGGAGCACGGAGUGAUGUAUCCGUUGGAGAACGAGGACCCCGUUCGCCCUCGCGCUCUGGGACCGGAGGUACGGGUAUCUCCGGGUCGUUGAGCAGGACAUCAUCCGGACACAGGGACCGGCCCCUCUAA